AUGGAAAAUCCUAAUAUUCAUAACUCUGCUGUUGCGAAACCUCCUAUUUUAGAUGGGUCUAAUUAUGCAUAUUGGAAAACUAGGAUGAAGGCUUAUUUGAAGUCUCAAAAUAAUCAAGUCUGGCUCUCAGUGGUUAAUGGUUAUACCGAGCCUACCUCCACCGUGGAUGGUAAAAAUGUUCGAAAGCCUUAUGAGUCAUGGACCAACGGUGAUCAUCAGAAUGAAACAUAUAAUUCAUGUGCUCUUAAUGCUAUUUUUGGUUGUGUGUCUUUGCCUGAGUUUCAACGUAUUUUCACUUGUGAAAUUGCUAAGGGUGCAUGGGAUAUUUUAGCCAUUACUCAUGAGAGGAAUAGUCCGGUGAGGCAACAAAAACUUCAAAGCAUCAUAACUAAAUUUGAGAUGAUCAGGAUGAAAGAUAAUGAGACGUUUGGUGAGUUUUAUGCUAGGUUGAGUGAAGUGGUGAACUCAAGCUUUAACCUAGGUGAGCCUAUCUCUUCGGAAAAAAUUAUUAAGAAAAUCAUGCGUUCAUUACCUGAGAGGUUUAUUACAAAAGUUGAAGUUCUUGAAUGCAUGCCUAAUUUUGAUUCCAUGAAGGUUGAGGAAAUUGUUGGUCACCUCUUAACUUUUGAAACUAAAUUGUCACAAUACAGACCUCAAAAAGAGAAGAACAAAAACGAGAGAAAUUCCUUUGCUUUUUCUAGUUUUAAAGAUAGUUUUAAGGUCCCAGAUAGUGAUGACGAUGAAUUGGACCAAGAGGAAAUGGCUUUAUUUGUUAAAAAAUUUGGAAAGUUUUUUAAAAAGAAUAAAACCUUUGGUCCUAAUUCGAAAGAUAAGAAUGGUAGGUCUUCCAAGGGUAAAGAGAGGAAAGAGAGCAAAUCAUCAGGUCUCCAGUGUUACGAGUGCAUGGGGUUUGGUCAUAUUGCCCAAGAGUGUGCUAACAAACAGAAAAACAAAUCCUAUAAUGUCAAAACUUGGGAUGAUAGUGACUCUAAUGAAGAAGAAAAUUGUGGGGGGAGUAGUAAAGUUAUGGCUUUAGGAGCUUCUGUGCAUCCCCAUGUGAGUGAGUCUAAGUUAGGAGAUGAGAGAGUGAAUGAUGAGUAUUUGAGCAACAGCGAGAGUGAGGAGGAAGAGAGUUUGCAGAAAGCCUACAAUGAACUCUACAAAGAAAGCCUGAGGUUGACCAACAUUGAGCUAUCUAGUGAAGAGAAGAAGAGCGAUGAGUCCAAUGUAAAACUCAAGCAAGAGCUUUUGAAAGCUCAAGCUCGGGUGAGUCAAGUUGAGAAUGAUACAGAUUCUUUGAUUAAUGAACUUGUUGAUGUUAAGAGUGUGAAUGCUAAUUUGCAAGUUGAGCUUGACAAGGCCAAUGCUACAUUUAAGAAAAUGAAUGCAGGGUCAAAGGCUUUAGAAGAGAUCAUUGGAGUGCAAAGGAGAAUGUCGAAUAAAACCGGUCUUGGGUUUCAAAAGGAAGCAUCAACUUCUAAAGGCGGAGGUAAUCAUGGAUUUGGUAAGCAUAAAGGUAACCAUUCUAAUCCUUCAUCUUUCAUUUGUGGCAAGAAAAAUAAUAAUGCACCUCGAAAGCCUACUCCUCCUAGCCCCCCUAUGCAAAGGGCUUUCAUACCCAUUUGUCACCAUUGCGGUGUCAAUGGUCACAUAAGGCCACAUUGCUAUCAAUUGAUUGGACACCCCCAUGCUCACUCUAAUAUUUAUGAUAAAAGUUUUUGGGGUAGUACUCACAAGCACAUGCCUACGCAUAAGACCAAUGUGAUUCACCAAUCUAAGCCUUUCCCCAAGGCUAAGGCAAAAGUUGAGAAAGUGAGAAUCCGAACACUUUGGGUGAGAAGUUCGGAUGUGAGGCCUCAAGUGAAUCAUACAUGUAUCUCUCUAGAUGAUAAUGGGUCAUCCGGAAAGGUUAACCUUGUUUUUUGA